CCCCUCCCCAACACCUAUCUUUUGCACCCUCCUUCUCUGUCAUUCUCAAGCCCUCAUCCGCGCUUAGCCCUCAUUAUUCGGAACGGUUCCCGGCUGAGACGUCAUCGCGCGCCAAUCUAGAGGCCGUGCGCAAGACGGUCCAGCCAGCCUCUGCUGCCCGCGUCAGCAACUGGGCUUGAACGUUAUCUCCAACGACGACGCUGGCGGGCGCGACGUUGAGGGUGCGAACUAGAAAACACCAUCUUCGUUGCGCCCUCGCUGUUUGCUUUGGCGAUCCCACCGGCUUACUUGAGCGCUGGACCUGCAUCUUGAAGCUGGCUUUCCAAGUCGGGAAACAAAAGAACCCAAAUCAGAAGAGCAACCUCCAGCUGAGCGCAUAUCCCCACUGUGACGUGUAACCCCCCUCUCAAGGGAAGCGCGAUGCAGAACCAAAACCACAACCAAGGCCCUCGACCUAGGCAGGGUGGAGCCUCAGAGGAAUCCUGGGUAGAAAUCGGAUCAAGGCCAUCUUCAUCCUCGCUCUCCUCGGUCGCCGAUGAAAUCAUUACAACUGGACUCCGAGUCCAGCAUGAUUCAAACCUUCAUCGCCGACGGCGACGCUCACGAAGCUCCAGUCACUUCCGAACCGCCAGACAUGGAUACCGUGCGGGCAGCGCAGGCGGAGGCAGCAGUCAGGAAGAGUACGAGGAGAGUGAGAGCGAGUCAGAUCGGGUCAUGACGUCUUCGAAUGAGGGCCUCGGUCCAUCUCCUCUUCAGCAGGAAUUGCGUCGCCCCUCCCGAAACGCGUACUCGGUCGCUUCUUCCGAGACUAUGUCGGAGCGGGAGGGAGAUGACGAAAACGACGAUGACGAGAAUGCAACUGCGGUCAACUACCCCAGGUCUUCGGGUCGCCCUUUCGAGCCGAGACCUAACGCCUUCUCACACCCACCAACAGCUGAGGGUAUAAGAGUGCAGGAAGGACAAAGUUGCCCUUCUCGAAGGCCUGCGGUUCGAGCUUCGUCCCAGCGUCACUCCUACCCACAGCAUUCUCCUUUCAACGCCGUGGCCCCCACAUAUCAUGCCGACCAUGACGAGGCUCUACGAGCUAGUUUGUCAACACUCCUGUCUGCUGCUGCCGCUGUUCGUGGCCUGCCCAAGCCAGGCCAAUCCCGUACAAGCACAGCAAAUCCUUCGGCUCGUGUAGACCCAACGACACUCCGUUUAGUUCCCGAGUCCGUUGCACUGGGCGAAGAAGGCGAAGAAACAAGCAGCAACCCGCUCACAUCUUCUCCUGCUUCCUCUCCCCGCACCACCAGUUCAAGCCCUUCAGACAAAUCCAAGCGGAAAGCUGGCAUGCCCACCGGCGCCAACGUCCAUGGCAAUAGCAAGGACCGUCGUGCGAUCAAGAAAGCACGAAGGACGGGUCCAAUGGUCGACGAAAUCAGCCCUACGCUAUUCACGUGGGUAGUCAGCGCUGGCGUUGUAGUCCUUGUGAGUGCGUUGAGUUUCUCCGCUGGGUACGUUGUUGGUAAGGAGGCGGGCCACGCAGAAGCUAUGGGCCAAUUAGGUACCGUGGGUGGUGAAGCCGGCAGGUGUAGUAAAGAAGCUACUACAGGGCUAGGAAGAGCAGGGAUGAGCUUGAGAAGGCUUCGGUGGAGUGGAGGCAGUGGAAUUCGGGUUUGAAGGCCCUUUAAUUCACACACGCUCUACGACUGACGAACACGAUCAACCAUGAUGAUGUUAGACUUUGUUGGGCUUGGUGUUUUAAGACUGGAUUCUUGUUAUUCAGGGGUAAAGCAAUAGCUAGCGAGCAUAAUCUUGGAUUUAGGGGCUGUCAUUCAAUUCUUUCAUUCAUACCCUGGCGGCGUUUUGUUGUUUUCCUCAUUGCACACAAGUUCGCUCUCCUCUGUUCUGGGAUUUCUGGGGCGCUUUAGGCUAGGCGCUUUGCACUUGAAUUCAGCAUUGGGAGCGAUAGAUGGGUCCUUGUCUUCGCUGUCAUGUGCGGCGAGUAUCAAUAAACAGUAUAUAUCCAGACUUAAUCCAG